AUGGGGAAGGCGGACAAGUACGAGAUGUACUCGGUGGAAAUGGAGAAACAUCCUGGUGGGGAAAUGGAUGUCAAGAUCAAGAAGAAGAAGAAAGGGGAAAAGAAGAAAGAGAAGUUGGAGAGUAUGAAGAAAGAGAUGGAUGUGGAUGAUCACCAGUUGUCCAUAGAAGACCUGGAGCUCAAGCAUCGGACCAGCGUCACCAAGGGCCUGAGCAGCACUGUGGCAGGAGAGAUCCUUCUUCGUGAUGGCCCCAAUGAGCUGAAGCCCCAGGGCACUCCUGAGUAUGUGAAGUUUGCCCGCCAGCUGGCCGGGGGGCUGCAGUGCCUCAUGUGGGUGGCAGCAGCCAUCUGCCUCAUUGCCUUUGGCAUCCAGCUCGGGCAAGGUGACCUCACCAGUGCAGACAACCUAUACUUGGCUAUUGCUCUCAUUGCUGUCGUGGUUGUGACCGGCUGCUUCGGUUACUACCAGGAAUUCAAAAGCACCAACAUCAUUGCGAGCUUCAAGAAUCUAGUGCCGCAGCAAGCCACAGUGAUUCGAGAUGGGGACAAGUUCCAGAUCAACGCCAAUCAGCUGGUGGUGGGAGACCUGGUGGAGAUCAAAGGGGGAGACCGAGUCCCAGCAGACAUCAGGAUUAUCACCUCGCAAGGCUGCAAGGUGGAUAAUUCCUCUCUGACUGGGGAAUCAGAGCCUCAGACAAGAGCCCCCGAGUGCACCCACGAGAGCCCCCUGGAAACUAGAAACAUUGCCUUCUUCUCUACCAUGUGCUUAGAAGGCACAGCCACGGGUAUCAUCAUUAACACUGGAGACCGUACCAUCAUUGGGCGCAUUGCCAGCCUGGCUUCGGGCGUGGAGAAUGAGAAGACGCCCAUCGCCAUCGAGAUAGAGCACUUUGUCGACAUCAUUGCCGGCCUGGCCAUCUUCUUUGGGGCCACCUUCUUUGUGGUCGCCAUGGUGAUUGGAUACCCCUUUCUUAAGGCCAUGGUCUUCUUCAUGGCCAUUGUGGUGGCAUACGUCCCCGAGGGCCUUCUGGCAACUGUCACUGUUUGUCUUUCCCUCACAGCCAAACGCCUGGCCCGGAAGAACUGUGUGGUGAAGAACUUGGAGGCUGUUGAGACACUGGGCUCAACUUCCGUCAUCUGCUCUGAUAAAACAGGGACUCUCACCCAGAACCGCAUGACUGUCUCCCACCUUUGGUUUGACAACCAGAUCCAUACAGCGGACACCACAGAAGAUCAGUCAGGGCAAAGUUUUGAUCAGUCCUCUGAGACGUGGAGAGCUCUCUGCAAAGUGGUGAGCCUCUGCAACCGAGCCUUUUUCAAAUCAGGCCAGGAUAGCGUCCCUGUCCCAAAGCGGAUCGUCAUCGGAGACGCCUCAGAGACAGCCCUGCUGAAGUUCUCCGAGAUCACCCUGGGCAAUGUGAUGGAGUACCGGGACCGCUACAAGAAAGCCUGCGAGAUCCCCUUCAACUCUACCAACAAGUUCCAGCUGUCCAUCCAUGAGCUCGACGACCCUCGAGACCAGCGCUACCUGAUGGUGAUGAAAGGAGCUCCAGAGCGCAUCCUGGAACGCUGCUCCACCAUCAUGAUCAAAGGUCAAGAGCUGCCCCUCGAUGAACAGUGGAAGGAGGCUUUCCAAACAGCUUACAUGGACCUUGGCGGUCUGGGCGAGCGUGUCCUGGGCUUCUGCCACCUGUACCUUCCCCAGAGCGAGUUCCCACGCGGCUACAACUUUGACAGCGACGAGAUGAACUUCCCCACCAGUGGGCUCUGCUUUGCAGGCCUCAUCUCCAUGAUUGAUCCACCCAGAGCCACAGUGCCCGACGCCGUCAUGAAAUGCCGCACCGCUGGCAUCCGGGUGAUCAUGGUGACAGGAGACCAUCCCAUCACCGCAAAGGCCAUAGCUGCCAGUGUGGGCAUCAUCUCUGAGGGCAGCGAAACGGUCGAAGAUAUCGCUACCCGCCUGCGAAUUCCCGUGGAGCAGGUCAACAAGCGGGAUGCCCGAGCCUGUGUGGUCAACGGGGGCCAGCUGAAAGACAUGGAGACCGAGGAGUUGGUGGAGAUCCUCAAAAUGCACCCAGAGAUGGUCUUUGCUCGCACCUCCCCACAGCAGAAGCUCAUCAUUGUGGAAAGCUGUCAAAAAUUGGGUGCUAUUGUGGCAGUAACAGGAGAUGGGGUGAAUGAUUCCCCAGCACUGAAGAAAGCUGACAUUGGUGUGGCAAUGGGCAUUGCCGGAUCCGACGCAGCCAAGAACGCUGCUGACAUGAUCCUGCUGGAUGACAAUUUCGCCUCCAUCGUCACUGGCGUCGAGCAAGGGCGCCUGAUCUUUGACAAUCUCAAGAAAUCCAUCGCGUACACCCUAACCAAGAACAUCCCAGAGCUGACACCCUAUCUGAUCUACAUCACUGUCAGUGUCCCACUCCCCCUGGGCUGUAUCACCAUCCUGUUUAUCGAGCUGUGCACAGACAUUUUCCCCUCAGUUUCUGCCUAUGAGAGGGCUGAGAGUGACAUCAUGCACCUGAAACCACGCAACCCUCGACGGGACCGUCUGGUCAACGAAGCGCUAGCAGUCUAUUCCUACUUCCAGAUCGGUGCGUAUUAGAGCUGGAAGGGCUUCUCUGAAUUUUUCAAUGACAAGUACGAGAUGUACUCGGUGGAAAUGGAGAAACAUCCUGGUGGGGAAAUGGAUGUCAAGAUCAAGAAGAAGAAGAAAGGGGAAAAGAAGAAAGAGAAGUUGGAGAGUAUGAAGAAAGAGAUGGAUGUGACUUUUGGGCAGCGCCUGUACCAGGAGUACACCUGCUACACCGUCUUCUUCAUCAGCAUUGAGAUGUGCCAGAUCGCCGACGUGCUCAUCCGCAAAACGCGACGCCUUUCUGUCUUCCAGCAGGGAUUCUUCCGAAACAAAGUCUUGGUGAUAGCCAUCGUGUUCCAGCUCUGCCUGGGCUGCUUCCUCUGCUACUGCCCUGGGAUGCCCAACAUCUUCAACUUUAUGCCUAUAAGAUUCCAGUGGUGGCUUGUGCCGCUACCCUAUGGCCUUCUCAUCUUCGUCUAUGAUGAAAUCCGAAAGCUGGGAGUCCGGAGACACCCUGGAAGUUGGUGGGACAAAGAACUCUACUACUAAAGGCGAAGCUUCUUUUGGAUGGAGCUUUUUCCCAUUUUCCCUGCUUGUGCAAUGGAGACAAGGAAAUCAAGGAUUUGCUUCGGUCAUCAACAACUGCUGAGCCAAGCCUGCCACGUUCCACACCACAGAAUCAAAGAAUCGUAAGGUUGGAAG